AUGAAGUUUGAUGAACCGGAAGAAGAAAACGAUGAUUGUUUGGAAAUAAUAAGAUUUUGUUUCAUUGACUUAUUUGAAAUACGUUUCGCAAAAUUAAUUUUAGUUAUUGCUUUCAUUAAUGUCACAGGAUUAACAAUAUUGCAAACUUAUUAUUCAAUAAACGGCUUUAGUACCAUACAAUUUAUAAAAUAUGCUCCUGUUUAUUUUGGACGUUUUUAUGUGUUAGUCUGUUUGUCUUUCAUUUUAUAUUACAGAAAUGUCACGUAUAAAUCAUUUCAAAAAAUUCCUCUUUGGAAAUUUAAUACUGCUGGAACAACAUAUGAAAAAAGAGUUAAACGAGAUGCUCUCUACACAAAAAUUUAUGUCGUUUUUAUUGUAGUCACAGGCUUUUGCGCUGCUGUUCUCUACGUGAUACCGACAGAAGAAGACCACGAAAUUUUUUUCAUUAUGACUUGGUUUGAAGAUAAUAUGUUGGAAUGGGCUGAUAUUCUAUCUUUAGGUCAUCGACUGACUUUUCUUUUUGUCUCCUUUUUAAUGCAAGCUCCUUGUUUGCAAAUUUGCUAUUUGUUGAAGCAUACUGAAUACCAAUUAGGUAUAAUAAAAAAUCUACUAGAACACAUACAUUACGGAUUUGAAAACUUAGACGAAAUAGAUUUUAACAACAAAUUUCACGAUGAAAUAAAAAGAAGAUUAAUAUUUUGUCUUAAACGCCACAUCCUUUUUAUCUCAAUAGGCAAAACAAUUAUUAGAGAUGGUAGUAUAUUUGUUUUCCUUUUUGCAGUAACAGGAGCUAUGCUAGGUGUUAGUUUAAUGCUGUUUUUCUUUUUGAUUGAAGAGAGUUUAACGUUUACUUAUUUCCGGCUUUGGGCCUUAAUUUUCGUUGCUAUUUUGACAAGCGUACAAUACAUAAUACAGGGACAAAGCUUAGAAGACGUUACCGAUGAACUUUUUGAAAGGUUGACUCGGAUAAAAUGGUAUUACUGGAAUAAAGAAAAUAAAAUAAUUUAUCAGAUUCUUCUACUUAACUCUUCUACUUCAGUGAGCAUUAAGUUUUCGGAAAAUGUAUCUGUGAAUUACAAACUUGGAAUCGAUUUAUCUAAAGCUGUAUAUUCGAUGAUGUCGUUUAUGACGUACAUUAAAGAUUCUGUAAUAGCUAAAAAAAGUUAA